UAUGCAGGGGCGGACUGACAACUCAUGGGGCCCCCGGGCAAUAGAGGAUCAUGGAGCCCCUGUGUCCUUGCCCAAACUCAAAAAAGCCUAUGAAAAAGGUACCAGGGGCAUCUCAUGGGGCCCCCUACUGAUCCCGGGCCCUCGGGCAGUGCCUGAGUUUCCAAAUGGUCAGGCCGCCCCUGCAUGUAUGCAUGCAAGGACCUGAACCACAGAGGUAUAAAGAAAGUGAAUUCUACAUGAAUUAUCUGCCCUUACUCAGGAUGAAUUUAUUUUAUUUCAUAAUUUUUGGAGAUAUC